AGUGAGAACGUGGGGAAAAGUGAAGAAUGUCGUCGCGUAGAGAUAGCAUUGGCGUGAUACGAGAAUUUCCCUGCGUAAAAAAAACUCCUUUAUCAGUACUAGAACAUCGUAAAGUGCCUGAUGUAUUUUUAAAUCAGACGAAGCAUGUCGAGGAGUAUUUGCCCAGCCUUAUUAAUGAAACCGUUAAAAUGAUUCUUGGUAAAAGAAAAAGAAGCCAAAAGAAGCCAUCGAUGACUAUAAAAAAGCUUGAAAAUCAGAUGAGCCUGUAUUUUAAGAAUACCGUUCUUAAUGUCGCUGUGGUUGAGAAUUCAUCCAUAAGUAAGAUGCUGGCUCUCAUCUGUUUAGCAAAUAAUAAAGAACUUGAAGCAUGCUCUCAUCUCAUAGCAUCUCACGCAGCUUGUUUACGACAACAAAUAUUGUAUAGGAAUUUGAAAUCUAAACUACGAAAUAAUAUUCUUCAUCAACAAAUGGUUAAUAAUUUGGAUCCUAAGGAUUUGGAUAUAGACCAUCAUAAUAAAAAUACUAAUCCAAAAAUGCUUGUAUAUACGCUUAGACAGUUGCCGACAGAGUGGUAUGUGAUACAAAUAACAGCUCAACACGAGCAUUUAAAAGAUGUAAGGCAUAGAAUGUCACCCGAUGAGGCGAUGUAUUCAUUAAAACCUAUGCACGGUCUUCACAUCGUUGCACUUCCUACUGGUACAAAUGCCAUGAAUCCUAUUUGCAUUACAUUACCAAAACCAAAUGCGAAUUCUACAUAUGAUAUUCGUAUUGAAAUUGAGACAUUGUUAAAUAAUAACAGAUCUGAUUUAACAGCUGCUUAUAAUAAUAAUAGCCUUUAUUGGAAAAUGCGUAAAAAACAAAAUGAACAAAUGAGCAGUGCUAUUUCGGAACUAGAAUUUUCUUGGUUAAGAGAAUGGAGAGUUCUUUUGUUAGCCGAUUAUGUGGAACGACUAGAUUUAGUAAAAGAUAUUUAUGACAUGAUAGAUAAGCUUAUAACAGAUUCAUCUAUUAAAAUAAUUACAGAAAGAACUCGUUGGCUUUUAAGAAAAAUUGCUACUGGAGCUUGUUAUCUUCAACCUUUUGAAGUUGAACGAGCAAUUAAAUAUAUUUUACCAACCGAGACAAAAUUAGCAAAAAAUAUAAUACUAUCAAUUACAGCUAAAGCUAAAACGAUAACUCCAUUAAAAUAUGCAAAAAGGAAAACACUUAUUUUAAUACUUGAUGAAUGUUUAGACCAUAUAUCAUUCGAAUCUAUAAAACUACUAAAGCAUCAGCCAGUAUCAAGAUUUCCGUCACUACAUAUUUUAUACGCAUUAUUUAAUCAACACAAAAGUUCAAUCAAGGAUGGUUAUAAAAUUAUUCGCAAAUCUGAUAAUUUAGGUACAUUUAUUGUUAAUCCAUCUCUAGACUUGUCCAAAAUGGAAGUCAGAAUGAAAUUAUUUAUUAAAUAUUGGCUACCCAAAUGGAAAGGAUUAUACGGCGUUAAACCAGAUUUAGAAUUUUUUAAGAAAGCUCUUACUCAAUAUGAUGUACUCAUGUAUAAUGGUCAUGGAAGUGGUAUUCAAUUUUUAAGAGGCGAAGAGAUUGAAAGAAUGAGAGUUCUCGCAUCGGUACUAUUAUUUGGAUGUGGUAGUAUAAAACUUUUACCCGUAGGUGGACGACUACCAGCAUAUGGAAUAUCAAAUCAGUAUCUUAUGGGUUGUAGCCCUUGUAUUUUAGGAAUGCUGUGGGAAGUGACGGAUGGAGAUAUCGAUAAGAUGACAGCUGAAUUUAUAAGUAAUUGGAUAUCGUCUACAGCCAAGCGAUCGUGGUCGGAUAUUAAUCAAACUUUAUGGCAUCAAGGAAUAAUUGAAUUCACAAAGGAUGUUAAUGAUAAAAAUGAUAAUGAACAGGAUAUAUUAAUAGCUGUAGCAAAAUCAAAGGAUGUAUGUAAACAAUAUAUGACAUCUGCUGCUAUAAUUGUACGGGGAUUGCCAGUGAAAUUAAUCGACUGA